UCCGCAAAGUAGGAUGCACCGAAAUACUGAGCUAUAAAUAUUCUCGCAAACCGUUCCACCUUCCCACUACCUUACAUCUUCUUUCAAAUCUCCCUCUCAAAGAACAAACUCCUUCUCCAACAAAAUGAACCCAGCAUCAAAAUCUACUCCCAUUAUUAUUAUUAUUCCUCUUCUUGUUACUGUGAUCUUACUUUAUUGUAUGCCAAAUGCUGCGGCAGCCACAUUCAAUGUGCUCAACUUUGGAGCCAAGGCGGACGGCCGCACGGACUCUGCCAAGGCUUUUACCGGUGCUUGGGCCCAGGCAUGCGCCUCGACGCAGCCUGCUUCCAUAGUGGUGCCGCCAGGCAGAUUCUUGGUUGGCAGCAUCACCUUCAGCGGCCAAUGUGCCAACAAGGCAAUCUCAUUUGAGAUCCAGGGCACCUUGGUAGCUCCCUCUGAUUACAAUAUUUUAGGAAAAAACGGCAACUGGAUAGUGUUCGAGCACGUUGACGGCGUAUCCAUUCGCGGCGGCUUGCUUGAUGGCCAAGGCACUGCCCUCUGGAAUUGCAAGAACUCCGGCAAGGGUAGCUGCCCAUCCGGAGCCACGACACUGCUGUUCAGCAACUCCAACAACAUUUUCAUUAGUGGAUUGAGCUCAUUGAACAGCCAAUUGUUCCACAUAGUCAUCAACGUAUGCCAGAACGUUAUGGUACAAGGCGUCUCUGUCACCGCCGCAGGAAACAGCCCUAACACCGACGGCAUCCACGUCCAAGGCUCCUCCCACGUCACUAUCCUCAGCUCCAAGAUCCGCACCGGCGACGACUGCAUCUCCAUCGGUCCUGGCACCACAAACUUGUGGAUUGAAAACAUAGCAUGUGGUCCUGGCCAUGGAAUUAGCAUUGGGAGCUUGGGAAAGGAACUGAAGGAGGCUGGUGUACAAAAUGUGACGGUUAAAACGGUUACAUUCACCGGGACUCAAAACGGAGUAAGAAUAAAGAGUUGGGGUAGACCCAGCACAGGAUUUGUGAGAGACGUCAUUUUCCAAGACGCAAUCAUGGUCAACGCUCAAAAUCCCAUUCUCAUUGACCAGAAUUACUGCCCGGACAACGAGGGCUGCCCCGGUCAGGCCUCUGGAGUGAAGAUCAGUGAUGUUACAUACAAAAAUAUUAAUGGAACAUCAGCGACAGAGGUAGCUGUGAAUUUUGGUUGUAGUCCAAAGAACCCAUGCAGUGGCAUAAAGUUGGAAAAUGUGAAGCUCACCUACAAGAACCAAGUUGCUCAAGCUUCUUGCGUCCAUGCCGCUGGAACCACGUUGGGUUCAGUUCAACCAGAGAACUGUUUAUAAAUUAAAGUAAAAUGUGCUAGAGAAGAAUGCACUAAAAACUCUACGGAGAAAAACAGAAAAUUCUUAUUAAGAUUCUUAUUAUUAUCGAUUUAAUUGUCCUCAUAGUCAUAAACUCAAAGGAUUAGAGAGGCAUAUAAUUAAGUUUAAAGUGUAUCGCUAUCACUAAUUCACUAUUCACUAUAAUAUAGUUUUUUUAUUUACUGGGUAUACCCAUCAUCUUCUAGUACAAAUACCCGGUUCAUUGUAUGGGCCCGUGGCGUUUGUGUGAAGCCCAUUGGGCUGAAACGGAGCCUGGUCAUACAAAUUGAUAUGGGCCGUAGAAAGGAGAUAUGCAUCAUAUACUUAU